GGAAUAAUUGUUCGUCUCGAGUUCGAGUUCACUUACUUGUACGCAUUGUCUGCAAAUUUCUCUUGGUCUUCUUGAUGCUUUUAUGACAUUCAUGCCUUUGAUAAUUAUUUUCCCAUUUUUUCUAUUUUUGACAUCUACUCUUUAAGACUGCUAGACGGUCAGUUGGGUUUCUAGAUCUGUUUCUUGUGUAGUUUUUUUUCUUCUUUUAUUUUCAAAGUCAUUCCUUUACUUUACAUUUUGUAGGCGGUUUUUGAGAGAUCGCACGACAUUCAUUUGAGAUUAAGAGAUUGAGAGAAAAGGAGAAGAGAAGGGAGAUUACAUCGAAUAAUUCAACACGAUUUGACGACUGUACAAGCGAGUUGGAUCAAAAAUAUAUGAAGGGAAACACAUCAAAGAUAGAAGAUUCUAAGAGGCACUUAAUUGGCAUCGAAUCGAUUAAACGAAUUGCGAGAACACUUGACAGCGAACGGGAAUCAUGGCAUCUAUAACUGAACCACAACCUGUUCUUCAAAAAUCCGAACACUCAAGAAAAGGGGAUGACGAAAGUGGAAUUGAUGAUGGGAUGAAAGGAAAAUUGAGGAGGGAUACUAUCAGUGGAAAAUUAAAGUUUUGGUCAGGAAAUAAUGCGAAUGCGAGAGAGAAGAAAGUUGAGGGCUUUCCAAAGAUGGAUGAAGGGACUUUAAAAACAUUUGUGGAAAAGGUUAAGCCUUUUGAUUUUGAGAAGGAUAUGGAAGAGUGGGAAGACGAGAAGUUUAGUCAUGAUUCAAAUAUGGAUCCUUUGAACUGGUGUCCUCAUCGCAAAAAUCUCGCAUUCUUCACUCUGUGCCUUGCUUUCUCAAUAGUAGGCAUGCAACGCCUAAUGUUCGUUUCUGUAAAUGCAGUCAUCACAGCGCAGUUCUCGAUCUCAUCUACUCAAACUGCAUUGUUAACAGGAGUUGCAUUCAUUUUCUCUGCGAUCAGCAGUCCAUUCUGGGAAAUACUGAAUAUGAAAGUGGGAAAGAGAGGGAUUUUCAUUUUUGCCGCGGCUUUGAUGUUGGUCGGUAGUUUGUGGAAUAUGCAUGUUCAGAGUUAUGGUCAGUUUCUGGGAGGGAGAAUGCUGCAGGGAGUAGGAUGGGGAGCUUUUGAAGCGUUGGCUAGAGGUGCCAUGGCAGAAAUGUACUUUGAAUCACAACUCCCCACUCGCCUAAACAUCCUCUCAACAAUAGAUGUCUUUUUCACAUGGGGAACCCCUAUUGUCGGUGGAUAUCUAAGCCAGACAAUUGAUGGGUACGGAAAUCAAAUCAUGGUAGUGAACAUCAUUCAAGCCAUUUCGAUUUUCCUCUUGAUCGUCGCCUUUCCGGAAACAUCUUUCUAUCGCACUUCUCAUCCUACUCCUCCUACAUCUCUCCCUACCAUAUCCUUGCAAUCUUGGUGGAAAACAUUACAUCUCAUGCCAUAUUGGGGCAAUCCUUCCAAAGAAGACUUAUUAAGACCACUCAAGAAACUUGUCUCUCCCAUCACACUUCUUACAUUCGUCAUGGCUUCACUACCAAUCGCAUCAGCGUACGCAUUUGCACUAACUCUCUCGAGUUUUCUCUCCGCUUCACCACUAUUCAUCUUCCCAAGUCAAGUAGGAUAUAUCUUCAUCGGACCCUUCGUUCUCUCCAUCAUAUCCUACGGUCUCUUAUCCAUCGUCUCCCCGGGCAAACCCAUCAUUCCUUCCUCCGAAAAAGUCCGCGGAGGAACCCCAACCAGCGCCCUCCGCAUUGCAAUCCCCGGUCUGAUCCUCUUCACCACAGGCACCAUCGCCUUCUCACAAUACGUAUCCACAACCCUCAUCCCCCAAGCCACGAAAGUCAGCUCCACCGUCUUCGUAGUCUCCGAUCCGGGUAUGGAAUGUAGUCUCAAGGUGAUCAGUUUAAUCUUUGGUGUUUUGGUGGCGGGAGCGGCGAUCCUGGGAUUCGCGGUGGAGAAAUACCUGGCGAUUCAACAGGGUAUGGAUGAUCGUGGGAAGGGAGAGGGUCAGAGAGGGAGAGGGGGCUUGGAUAGAGCUCAUGCCGUUUUGCAAAAUUUGUUUACGGGGGUUUUGAUCGUAGCGAUGCCGAGUUGGAUCGAGCAGGGCAUGGGCGACGAGAUGGGUGGGGUCAUGGGAUUGAAGGAUACGGGGUAUGGAGUUGGAAUUUUUGGGUUUGUAGGGGGGGUGGCGGUCGUGGUGGGGUUGUGGAUGGUGGGGGGGAGGGUUGCGGGGGGAGAUGCUGAGGGGAGGAGGAGGAGGGAGGAUGACGGGCUUUAUAGGAUUAGGGAGUUGGAGGUUUAGAGGUUUAGAGGGGGAAAAUGUAUUUAGUGUAUGUAGUUUGGUAGCCGAAAACAGAAGGCGGGAUUAUAUAGGGUGGAUUGGUCUAGGAUUGCAUGGAAUGGAAUGGAUAGAGCCGGGCCGGGCAUCGAAAGAUUCGGUAGCGGAGUUACGGUUACGGUUACGGUUACGGAGGGAGUCACGGGGUAUAUAUUAAUCAGUUGAUCUGAUUGAUGUAUGUAUGUAUGUAUGUAUAUAUACUACUAUGAUAUGAUAUAAUAUAAUAUGAUAUGAUAGAUGAAUUAAUUUCUAUAA